AUGUCCAUUUCCAAAAUCCCUCCCGAAAUUCUUACUUCAAUUGCAAUACAUGUUCCCGAUGAAAGUUUGCCGCAAUGUUCACUUGUUUGUAAGCAAUGGCGGGAAGUCUUUUUCAAGAAGCUAUGGGAAAAGGUCGAGGCCCAUGAUAAAAAAUCAACCGCAGCAGUGUUUGAUAUAUCCUCUGAAAACAGAUAUUUGAUCUAUGGCCAGUAUGUUAAAACCAUAUACAUAUAUGGUGAUUACCAUGUCAGCAGCAAAGAUGUCUUGUUUCUUCAACAACUUUUUCCAAACAUUUCUUAUGUUUGGUUAACAUUAUUAUGCACGGAAAUGACAGAUACGGACACAGACUGGAGUACAUGGAAGGCGCUGAAAACCUUCGUCAUGGAUUUUAGACACUGCAUUGAUAGUAUCCUGAUAAAAUUGUGCCCUGCCAUAUUAUCUCAGCUACCCAAUGUGACAGAUCUUGUGCUAUUUUUCGAGGAUUCAUACAUAUCAAAAAUCGGCGACUUUGAAGCUAUUCACGAUUAUAUGCCCAGCCUUCGUGUCUUUACGCACAAUACAGAUCAGGCCCGACUUACUGAUGAAGACAUGGAACGUAUAGCAAAAACAGCUCCAGCAAAUUCUCUUUUGUCAUUUACAUUAAGAGUUAAAAUACAAGACCUACGGUGGCUUUAUUACUUUGCCUUAAAAUAUCCAAACGUUCGUGAAAUGGAUUUACAGUUCUAUGGUCAAAAAGAUUAUUUGAAAGACUCUGAUUUAGCAGUAGCCAGCUCAAAAAUAUCGAUGCUUUCUCACGUAUUUCCAAGCCUUGAAAAAAUCGCCUUCUUCACCAGACAAUUCAAUCCCUUAUUCCGUUUUGCAUUCCGUAAGAUCUUUCACCAGAAGACAGUAUUUAUCAAAGAAUUCAAAUAUGAAUUCUUCGGCGUGACUCCGGACGAUAGAAUAUUCGAGACCAUGAAAGAAGUUAUGUCCAUAUGCUCGGAAACCAUUGAAUAUAUUCAAUUCGCUAAAACAGGGAAUUAUAUGGAAGACUUUACGCCCCAUGAUAUAUCCAAAUCAUUCAUCUACUGUCCUCGGUUAACUACUCUGAGUCUUCAAGACUGUAAUGCCUCUAUACAAGUUGAUAUGAUCGCAGACUACUGUCCUUCUUUAAAGGAACUUUACUUAUUUAGUGGUCGUAUAUAUAUUGGCCCAGAAACAGUAAAAUCGGCCAGGCCACAUGGACUGCGAAUACUUAUGUUAUACAGUGUUUAUACUGACCCUGAUACAUUAAAAUAUAUUUCUGUUCGAUGUGAGUCGCUAAGCCAUAUGAUCUUAGACAGACUAAGGGUAUUCGGAUCAAUCUCUGCAGACACCGGAAAUCUUUUGAUUGAUAUGUCCAGUGCCAGACUUACUGAACUGCGAUUUAGCCGCCUACGCUUCAUAGCGCCUGGUGAAAUAGGACCACCUUAUAGGCAGAAUGAAAUUGACUUGAUAAAACUGGUGCGCCUUAUUGCACCCUAUCCUCGAACGGUCGAAGGCCGUGAACAAAUCGAGGAAUCUUCUACAGAUCAUGUACCCAUAUGUAAAACUGCAGCACAUUGGUUUGCAUCCGGACUUAAAUACAUGCAAAAUACUUCAAGUAUUUUAAUCCUAAAGCAGGCCGAGAUAGACCGCCUUCAAGAAUACUUUGAUAACUAUCAAGAAAAUAUGCUCUCUGGUAAAAUGGAAACCAUUCAGAUUUCUAAGGAGAGUGAAACUCCUCAAACAUGGGAUAUGGAUCCUAGUCGAGGAUAUGUGACAUUUAUGUGUGGCUAUGCAGAAGGCUUCGCUAUUAACGAGGUACAUGAAGAUGGUUAUUUCAGAACGUUUUCUUGGAAUCGUGUUAAAAAUACAGUAGAGAAAGUAUUCUGGAGAUAG